AUGGGGCAGCCCAUAUUAUACUCCCUCACCCAUCGACACAUCUCCCUCUCUCUCAAAAAAUAUCCCAAUUUCACUUCAUUCUCAAAACCCCUUCUUCACAGAGUAUCAAGGCAGCGGCGCUUACGCCCUCCUUCCUCGCCACCUCUCCGGCGAAUCGCCAUCUCCGGCGUCGCCGGAGCUCUCUCUUCCUUCCCCUGCAACCAAUUCUCUUUUCCUCUCUUAGUUCCAAAACAAAUCCCUAAAUUGAAGAGUAGAGACGCAGCGUCUUCUUCUUCUUCCUCACGACUAUCCGCCGCUAAAUUGGCUCGCCGGCGGUUGCCGCUUCCGGCGAAUCCGCCGCCGCCGUUCCCUCCUUCAAGUUUCCUCUCUCCGUCGAGCUUUCUCCCGACAAACUUUCCUCGCCCGACGAAAUCACCGAUUGGGGAAAGGGCGUCGCCUUUCUCCCUUCGUCUUCUCCGGUGUGUCUAUGACCGAAGCGUCUUACUUCGUCUCCGGCUGCUCGACGAGCAGACCCGCCACCAUUCUUCGCCGUACGUUGCUGCCUCUUUCGCGUGGCAGCCGCGAUACUUACCGGAGGCUGACGCCCCCGCUUCCUCCGGUAGGCGCUCUUCCUCUUCUCGGCGAGCCAGCAGUGGAGAGGAGACAUCGCCUCCUUCGCGCCAGCCUCCAUCGCCGCCGAUUUCUUCGCCGUCAGCCUCGUCGAGCAAGGCUGCUGUCUACGCUGCCUCGGUCGCAUCGACGCUUGCUCGACGCCGAACAGCCCCUUACUCUCAAGUACAUGGAGGCAUUCUUGGAGCUUGUGGAGGGGAGCAAAAUCAAGAAUAAGAAUGGGAGGGAAAGAAAGAAGAUGCUCCUCUUGAGCCCAUUUGGUUCUAUCCCCAAUUUAGUUUGCUUCCAAACUUGAGAAUUAAGAAGUAGGAUAGAUAGUGUAGAAUAGGUGCAUGUUGAUUUUAUCACACUUGAAGGCAUGUACUAUUUCCAUCAUCCAUGUAUUUUAUUCCUCAAGGUGUAUCCACAUUUCUCUAAUGAAAGUAUUUUAUCCA